CCGUGAACUGAGCUGACCAAGGUCGUUGGAGUAAAUGUACGGGCGGAUUUGAAAGUAUAUUGCGCUUUCUUGUGUAAUCGAGUCUGAACGUCACUUAAAAUGAGUACUGGAGUAAAAUGCCACAGGUCAUGCAUUGAAGCAUUUGAAUGCUUGAAGCGUUAUAAGAAGCACCGAUACAUCCUCUUCCAUAUUGAAGAUGAUAAAGAAAUAAAAGUCUUUUGUCAAGCUGAUAGAACGGAAACGUAUCAUAAUUUCAAGGAUAGUUUAUUAAAAAAGAUGGAUGAAGGUGAAGGAUGUUAUGCAGUUUAUGAUUACGAAGCCGAAGGAAAACUGCCUACUCUAAUAUUCGUCUCAUGGGUUCCGUCUACACUGGAUGUUAAAAAGAGAAUGAUAUAUGCUGCUUCAAAAAGUGUAUUAAAAUCGAGUUUGAUUGGUAUUAAACACGAAGUUGAGGCGAAUGAUGUGGACGAAAUCGAGGAGGAAGAACUGCGCAAGAAAGCUUCAUAACUGUUCAUCUUAGUUGUAUGUUUCGAAAAUUCACAUGGAUUUUCUCAUUUGCGGGUUAAUGCAUUUUCAGAGACCUCUCACUCGUCAAACUUGUAUUUUCAUUUCUAAUUUUGAUGAUAGUCUGUCAUACACAUUCGUUUUUCAAUCCUUUGGUCCAAUGUACGCUUCUAAUAUAUGUGAACUCCGGAAUUCAGCUCCAUCGCCCCGUGCAUUAUAAAUAUUUAUGCUUAGUUGAUUGAACCUUAUUUAUUCUAAUUCUUGCUCCUACCUGGUCUAUUAAAGUCUUAAUUGUUAAAUUUCUAAAGACUCUAACUCCAGAAGUUUAAUACCAUCAAGUUACUAUUAGAGCUGAUACUUGUUUUUUACGCAUGUCUCAUGAUUGUAUCAUUAAUUUUUGGUCAUAAAGUGAUCUCCGUGUUCUGAUUCAC